AUGAGCAACAUCACAUUCGGCAUGGCCAACGGCACAGCCGCCGGCGACCUGCCGCCGUUGCCGGCCUACACCUCGACACCGCUUCCCGACCUCCUCCCCUUCAUCUCCGACUUUUGGCUGUCCGCCAUCCUGCCGCACAUCGGCUACUGGAUCCUCUCCUCCAUCUUCCACCUGAUCGAUACCUAUGACCUGUUCCCGCAGUACCGUCUGCACACUCCCGAGGAGAUCAGCACACGCAACAAAGCCACGCGCCUCGUGGUGGCCCGCGACGUCAUUGUCGAGCAGAUCAUUCAGAUCGCCUCAACCAUGGUUCUAUCUAUGACCGAGCCGACCCAGAUGACCGGCAUGGAGGACUACGACGUUGCCGUGUGGGCCCAGCGCAUCCGCAUCGCCCAGCGCGCCCUGCCGACCAUGUUGGGCAUCUUCGGCCUCAACGCCGGCGCGCUCGCCAAGAGCAUGUCGGCUUCGCACCCGCUCCUGGCCGGCGCUCUCGCCGGUGGCCACUACGCCCAGUCCAUCGGCAGUGCUGCAGGCAUCGUCGAGGUUCCUGCCUUUGCCAGUUGGGAGGUCACGCUGGCCAAGGCCAUCUACUGGGUCGCCAUCCCGACCGUCCAGUUCUGGUUCGCCGUCUUUGUCCUGGACGGGUGGCAGUACUUCUGGCACCGUCUGAUGCACGUAAACAAGUGGAUGUAUGUCAACUGGCACUCCCGCCACCACCGUCUUUAUGUUCCGUAUGCGUACGGCGCGCUCUACAACCACCCCAUGGAGGGCUUUGUGCUGGACACGGUCGGUGCCGGCCUCGCUUACAAGUGUGCCUUCCUGUCGUCGCGCCUGGGCAUGCUCUUCUUCGUCUUCAGCACGAUGAAGACUGUGGACGACCACUGUGGCUAUGCCUUGCCCUGGGACCCCCUGCAGAACAUUACCAGCAACAACGCUGCCUACCACGACAUCCACCACCAGGGCUGGGGCAUCAAGACCAACUUCUCACAGCCGUUCUUCACCUUCUGGGACCGCAUUCUGGGCACCAUGUGGGAGGGCGAGACUGAGCUCAAGUAUGCCCGCGACCGCGAGAGCGCGGCGAAGAAGUACAAGGAAAUGGCUCUGGCAGCUGCCGACCAGAAGGCUGGAAAGGCUCAGUAG